AUGGUGCUCAACAAUUUCAAAUCGUACGCUGUUGUAGGACCUAACGGCUCUGGUAAAUCUAAUGUGAUUGAUGCUCUGUUGUUCGUCUUUGGUUAUCGUGCAAACAAGAUGCGACAGGGCAAGCUAUCUGAAUUGAUCCACAAUUCUGCAAAGUAUCCAAACCUUGCCAGCUGUUCUGUUGAAAUCCAUUUUCAAGAAAUCAUUGACGGCAACACUCCUACUGAAUUCGAAAAGGUGCCAAACUCGCGAUUGAUGAUCUCUCGACAUGCGUAUCGAAACAACUCUAGCAAAUACCACAUUAACGAAAAAACGAGCUCGUAUACCGAAGUGACAACAUUACUAAGAAAACGGGGUAUUGAUUUGGAUCAUAAACGUUUUCUGAUCCUACAAGGUGAAGUUGAAUCGAUUGCUUUGAUGAAACCAAAAGCCAAGGACGACAAUGACGAUGGUCUGCUGGAAUACCUGGAAGAUAUUAUCGGCACUUCGAAAUAUAAAGAACCCAUUGAAUCUGCAAAUAAGCGACUGGAAGAGUUGAAUGAAGAUCGAGUCGAAAAAUUAAACCGAGCACGUUAUGUUGGAAAGGAAAAAGACAGUUUGGAGGGCAAGAAAUGCGAAGCAGAAAUGUUUCUAGAAAACGAAAACGAACUCGCACGGAAAAAGAACGAAUUGUACCAAGUCUAUAUCUAUGAAGCAAAGGAUAACAUUUCAGUGGCAAACACGGCUGUGGACGAGCUUAAACGAAAAUUAGAAGAAGAAAAAGUCAGUCAUGUUGAUAUUGAAAAAGAACAAACAGAAAUGUCUACUCGCUACCAAGGAGCGGUUAAAGAAUAUGACGCCCUCUCUGUACAGAUGUCUCAAGUCAAAAAGAAGCAGAGCAAGUUUGAAAAGGAUGAAGUCCAACUCCGUGAGCGCCGAGAUCAUUUGGUUAACAAGAAUGAAAAGUCCAAAGCGGCUCUGGAAAAGGAUCAAGAAGCUCGUAUUGCUGCACGCGAUGCUAUUAAAAAGAACGGCGACGAGCUAGUGAAAAAGCGAAAGGAUCUCAAAGAAUUGGAAAAGCAGCUCAAACGUGAAGAAGCCAAGAUGGAGGAAAUCAAUCGUGAACUGACCGGGAAAACAGAUGAAUACAAGGCUCAAAUUGAAGAACUCCAAAAGGAGCGGGCUCCUUGGACAGAAAAGAUCAACAAGAAGAAGAAAGAUAUCGAUGUUCGCAAAUCAGAAAAAGAAAUCCUAGAGGAGAAAAUGUCAUCUGGUACAAAAGCACGUGAAGGCAACUGCAGAAAAGAAUUAAGCCUUGCUAGACAGAAGGCUGAUGACGCCAAAGCCUCACUGCAACAAUCUCAAAGUCGUGGUAAAGUCUUUGAUAGCCUCCUCCGUAUGCGCGAUUCUGGACGCAUCAAGGGUAUUUACGAUCGUUUAGGCAACCUGGGCGUCAUCGAUGACAAGUACGACGUAGCUGUUUCAACAGCAUGCCCGGCGCUGGACAAUAUUGUCGUAGAAACGGUUGAGGCCGGUCAGGCAUGCAUUGAAUAUCUGCGCAAAAACAAUCUCGGCCGAGCCGUGUUUACCAUUCUCGACAAGCUUGGACGUCAAGACACCCGGUCAAUCAAUACUCCUGAAAAUGUACCUCGACUGUUUGACCUAAUCCGGCCCAAACACGACCGAUUUUCGCCUGCGUUUUACAGUGUUCUCCGUGAUACCUUAGUAGCAGACAACUUGAAACAAGCCAAUCGCAUUGCUUAUGGUCGCGAGCGAUGGCGGGUGGUAACGUUGGAUGGCAAACUGAUUGAAAAAUCAGGUGCCAUGACCGGUGGUGGUAACAGGCAGCUCCGUGGUGCUAUGGGUUCAAGUUUCAAGGAUGACGAAGUGAGCGCUGAUACCGUUGCCAAGCUGGAGCGCGAACAAUACAAGCUUGAAGAGGAGCUGCGUAACAUUGUCGAAGAGAAGCGUGCAUCUGAGUUGGCGCUACGAUCCAAGAAAGAAAGUUUGCCUCGCAAAGAAAUGACGUUGGAGAAGCUGCAGAUGGAUAUGGACAGUUUGGAUCGGCAGCUGGAGGACGCACGAACUCGUCGUGACACAUUAAAAACGCAAAUGGAACCAAGCCCUGAAGAUGUCAAACGACACAGCGAAAUUGGACACGAGAUUGAAAAGCUGGAAAAUGAUAUGGCAGAAUUGGAGGAGAAGCCUGCAGAGAUUGAUGAACAAAUCCAAUCGCUGCAAGAAGAAAUCAUGGAUGCAGGUGGUAUGGAUUUACGACUGCAAAAGAUCGUUGUGGAUGACGUCAACAAGCGAAUCGAGAAUCUCAACAGCAGAAUCACCAAGGCAAUGGUUGCCAAGGCCAAAGCUGAAAAGGAUGUUGUCAAGCUCGAAUCAUCUAUCAAGAAAUACGAACAAGAAGAUGGAAAAAUUGACCAAGAUAUCAAGAAGCUUGAAGCAGAAUCGGCACAAAAAGCAAAGGAAGCAGCUGGCAUAAUAAAGCAAGUCGAGGAAUUGAACAAGGAUAUAGAGAAGAAGAAGAAGGAAAUCGACAAACUUAAGAAUGAUCUGGAUGAUAAAACAAAGCAAAUCAACGAGCUCCGAAAAUCCGAAAUUGAAAUCAAGAACAAGCUCGAAAACUAUCAAAGAAGUUUGGCCGAUAACCAGCGCAAGGUUGUACAUUGGAAUGAGCAACGUACUAAACUGUCUCUGCAUAAUUACAAAGACCAAAGCGAGGAAGAACUUCACUUACCAGAGUUCGAUGAUGAGACGGUUAAAGAAUUGCAAAAGUCUGUGCAGGCAAUAAAGACGGAUAUUGCUGAGAUUGAAGCACUUGUUGAAAAUGCAAAGCCAAAUUUAUCGGUAUUGGAAGAAUAUCGACGACGUGAAGAGGAAUAUAAUGGACGUGUAGAGGAAUUAAACGACGUUACAAGCAAACGCGAUGAAGUUAAAAACGAGGCAGAAAGUCUGCGCAAGCAACGAUUGGAUGAAUUCAUGCAAGGAUUCAACAUUAUUUCGCAAAAGCUCAAAGAGAUGUAUCAGAUGAUCACGAUGGGUGGUAACGCAGAGUUAGAGCUUGUCGAUAGUUUGGAUCCAUUUUCAGAAGGCAUCGUUUUCAGUGUCAUGCCACCCAAGAAGAGCUGGAAGAACAUUUCAAAUCUUUCCGGUGGUGAAAAGGUAACGUUUUAA